CCGCCUGAUUCAUACAGGACCCCUGGCUACAUUCUCACUUCUCUCUACAAGUGAAAGCGCUCUGCAGCCGAGCAAAGGUCUCUGAAAUACUAGCAAGAUUUCCUUAAAUAAUUCAUUGAGGAGCAACUAUCAGGCCAGGGUUCAUAGACUCGUUUGGUUUCUCUACGUCAGCCAAAAAAGGGUCCCAAGAGACUAACCUGAACUGACAAAAGUCUUCUAUACGGAGAGCAUAAUGAUCUUCUACUUUGUGCUCUUGGUUCUCCCACUGGUGGGUGCUGGCCGAUUCUGGGAUGACACACUGGACUCCGAAUGGGAGCAAUGGAAAAGAACGUAUCAGAAACAAUACAACGGAAAGUUUGAUGAAGCAAUGAGGCGCUUAAUCUGGGAGAAGAACUUUAAGUUUAUCAUUAAUCACAACAUGGAGUUUUCUCAGGGGCUGCACACCUAUGAGCUGGCCAUGAACCAGUUAGGAGACAUGACUAGUGAAGAAGUUGCAAGGACCAUGACGGGCCUCAAAGUUCCACCCCAAAACAGAUCUGGGAACUACACGGCUGCUCUUGAAGAUGAAGAUGAGACGGGUGCUCUCCCUCAAUCUAUUGACUAUAGGAAAAAAGGAUAUGUCACACCAAUCAGGAAUCAAGGUUCCUGUGGGUCCUGUUGGGCUUUUAGCUCUGUGGGUGCUCUAGAGGGACAACUCAAGAAAACAACGGGAAAGCUUAUUGUCCUCAGCCCUCAGAACCUCGUAGAUUGUGUAAAGGAGAAUGAUGGAUGUGGUGGAGGUUACAUGACCAACGCCUUUCAGUAUGUGCGGGAUAAUAAAGGCAUAGACUCAGAGGAGGCCUAUCCUUAUGUUGGGGAGGAUCAGACCUGUAACUACACAACUGCCGGCAAAGCAGCCAAAUGUAAAUCUUACAAAGAAGUGAUGAAAGGAGAUGAGAAGGCACUGAAGAAGGCGGUAGGCACAGUGGGACCAGUGUCAGUAGGCAUUGAUGCCACCCUCUCAACCUUCCAGUUUUACAGUAAAGGUGUAUACUAUGACAAAAAUUGUGACGCCGAAGACAUAAACCAUGCUGUGCUUGUGGUCGGGUAUGGAGUGCAGAAGAAAGCCAAAUACUGGAUUGUAAAGAACAGCUGGGGAGACACCUGGGGCAACAAAGGCUAUAUCCUAAUGGCCAGGGAUAAAGGAAAUGCCUGCGGCAUUGCCAACCUUGCCAGCUAUCCCCUCAUGUGACCUGUGCUGGAAGCAGGUGAAGCAGAUAUUGGAACCAUGGCCCAUCUUGCACUCCUUCCAGUAUAAAACCUGUCGAAAGUUUACAUAUCUGAUUGUUGGAUCCUAGUGCAUAAACACGUCCAUUUACUUAUCUUGUCCAGAAUGAAAACAUUUUGCAUUUUUGUAUUUCGUUUCCUGCAUGGUCUCAGUCAUGUCUUAUAAAAGUACUCUGCCCCUAGACAUCUUAUACCCUAUCCAAAGGACCCUACGAACUCCCUGCUACACCCGGCAUUCAUUUAGAGCAUCGGGUGCCGUGCCGGAGGCUCGUAACGUCACGGCCAUGCUCCCUCAAUGCAAGUCUAUGGGAGGGGGCGUGACGGCUGUCACGCCCCCUCCCAUAGACUUGCAUUUGAGGGGGCGUGUCCAUGAUGUCACGAGCCUCCGCCCCGCUCCAUGAGCCGGACGUCUGGAGUGCCGCAGCCGAGGUUGCGGGGGUCCCCAGUGGCGGGACCCCCGCAAUCAGACAUCUUAUCCUCUAUCCUUUGGAUGCCUAGGGACGGAGUACCCCUUUAAGCAUUUGUCAGGAAAUUGGGUUUAAAGAACAUAUAACAGAUAGGCAAUUCUUUGGACUUCUAUUUCAUGAGGAGUCCACAGGAACAUCUCCCUACCAUUCACAUAACAACUCGGGAGGAGUUAGCACCACCUUCCCUUGCCUAAAUAAAGACCCCAUAGACUGUACACACUCUACUGAAGAUGUAUUUCAACCACUCAUAUGGUCCAACACUCUCAAAGUGUGAAGAGCUAUCACCAGAAUAUGCAGAUGAGUUCAGUGUUUAUGCUAGUAAUCCCUAGUAGAUCCAAAAAAAUGGACAUCUUUUCCAAGACCACCCAUCAAGGGGUGAGGGUCCAACAAGCACCCACAUAACCCUUCUAACAUGCCUGACACAUGGAUGAAACCUCCCAUGUGUCUCCUGAUACAUAUCACGUGACUCUUACACCUUGUAACGCGUGGGCUUGGAAAACCAAAACUGUACCAAAUCUCAAUCUAAAAUUUCUGUCUGAAUGUUUUCUGCAAUUUAAAAUGUGAUUCUAUUUUUUUAUUUUUCACUGAUGAGUAAAAAAAUAAAU